CUGUAAAAAAAAUUAGUUCUCUUAUGUUCUGUGAAAAUAAAAAUAAAUGUUGGCACAACAUGAAAUAUAAAAAUAGUUACCCCAAAAUAAAAAAAUAGGCUGUGCCAUCAGCUGCAGAAUUUUUACCAUUCAACAUACAAUUUUAAAUUCAGUGAAUGAACAUUACUGUUCUCAGUCAACAUGUCAAGUCCAAAGCAAAAAAAUAAGUUGAGUGAACGACAGUGAAACUACUGCACAUGCGCACAACAGGGAAGUAUUUCUGGCGCGUUCUAGACAAAAAUGAAAACGAAGACCCAGACCCAGACCCACGGCUUGUUUGGAGUACUUCAGAGUGCAUUGAGAGACGUUCAGGUGGAAAUGCAGUGCCGUUACUGCAAGUUCUCCGCACAGCAUCAAGACAAUUUGGACAGUCACACCAGAGGCUUGCUGAAAAUGUGCAGAGCCAAAGCAAAUCAGGGAAAAGGUCGAGAAAUGGAAGCACUUUUGGAGAAUCUGGAUUGUCAGACCACCAACUUGACAGCACAUAGAAGAUGUACUGUCCUCCGAGGUCUUCCAUUAUACAUGAGGGAGGAGCCUUCCAUUUCGAAAACCUUACUGGAUACAGAGGCAUUGGAGGACCACACGAAGAAUGUGAAGAUUGGAAUUUUUGAAGUGGUGAAGGGGAGUGCUGAGCCAUCGCGAUCAAAUACAAGUGUGGUCAAUGUUGCAGUCGUCCUUGAAGAGGAGGUAGUAAUGGCUAACUUGCCUGACUACACUAAUGCCUUCAUUCUUCUCUUUGGUCUUUUGUAUGCACUGAACAUAGAAUAUACAAAAGACUUAAAAUACACUUUUGAAGUGGUCCAAAAAGUGUUCCUCCACCUUGGAAAUGAGUGCACAGCCAGAGUGCAGUCUCUCAAGAACAAGUUAUCGCACAUUUAAUCAAUACAUGCAUACGUGUUUUUUUGUUUGUUUGUUUUGUUUUUUAAUGGUGGUGAUGCGACACACAGCCGCAGUGCUUUUAUUUUAUGUUGUUCAUGUGCACCUCUGCUUGUUUUGCUACUCAUUUAAAGGGACACUAUGUAGGGUUUUCUUGAUUAUUCAUACUUUUUAAAGAAGUAAAUUUACAACUUCAAAAUGACUGUUCCACUCCA